UCAAUUCUUUCCGAAUUCAUUAGCUGUGAUUAUUUAUUCGAAUUGCCAUGAGAAUCAUUACCAGAUUCGAGAGAUUUCAUCAUUCCGACAUCCGGAGAUUGUUGUCGGGAAUCAUUGUCACAGUUGGUUUUGUUGUUCUCCUUGUUCUGUGUUUCGGUAUUCCCUGUCCGAAAACGUUUUGCUUGUCUCCAGUUACGGUUUCAGUGAUUGAGUCAACCAAUUCCAAUGCCACUCCAGUUUCUGUGAUGAAUUACAUAAAUCUCUCUGAUGAUGAUGAUAAUGAUAAUGUCGAUGAGGAAUUUGAAGAAGGGAAUAAAAAUAAGGAUCUUGAUAGAGAAAAUGAUGUUGUAAUUAGCAAGGAGAAGGUAGAGAUUAAUGUAUCUGUUAUUGCCAGAGAAAAUAUAUCAUUGAGGAAUCCUAAAAUGGUGGUUGAUAGCUCAGAAUCAGAUUCAAAUUUGGUUAUGGUUAGGGUUAAAGAUAGUAGAAAUGGUAAUGUUUUGUCUAUGAGGAAGCACGAGCGACGGGGUGCGAUUUCGAUAUCUCAGAUGAACUCAUUGCUGAUCCAGAGUGUUUCUUCUUUUAAAUCCCCUAAGCCUCGGUGGUCAUCUGCUCGAGACUCUCAAAUGCUCUCUGCGAGAUUCGAGAUUGAGAAAGCCUCUGUUGUGCAUGAAUUUCUUGGACUUAAUGCUUCGGUUUAUCGAAAUAUCUCCAAGUUUCUAAGGAGCUACGACUUGAUGGAGAGGAAACUCAAAGUUUAUGUGUACAAGGAAGGAGGGAAACCAAUAUUCCAUAAGCCAAUGCCUCGAGGAAUUUACGCCUCAGAAGGUUGGUUUAUGAAACUCAUGGAAAACAACAAGAAGUUUGUAGUAAGAGACCCUAGGAAGGCUCAUUUGUUCUACAUACCCAUCAGUAUAAAAGCUCUUAGGUCCUCUCUGGGACAGGAUUUUCAGACACCAAGGAGCCUUGCAGACCAUUUGAAGGAAUAUGUCGAUUUAAUAGCAGGAAAGUAUAAGUUCUGGAACCGAACUGGUGGAGCCGAUCAUUUUAUUGUCGCGUGCCAUGAUUGGGGCAACAAACUAACCAAAAAAACCAUGAAGAACAGUGUUCGAGCACUUUGCAACUCAAAUGUUGCCCAAGGCUUCAGAAUUGGGACCGAUACAGCUUUACCAGUCACGUAUAUACGCUCUGCCGAGUCCCCUCUUGAGUACCUCGGUGGAAAAACUCCAUCUGAAAGGAAGAUUCUUGCAUUCUUUGCUGGCAGCAUGCACGGAUAUCUCCGUCCGAUCCUAGUGAAGCUUUGGGAGAAUAAAGAACCUGACAUGAAGAUUGUCGGUCCAAUGCCUCGUGACCCCGAAAGCAAGAAACAAUACCGAGAAUACAUGAAGAGUAGCAAGUACUGCAUAUGUGCGAGGGGUUAUGAAGUCCACACCCCUAGGGUUGUCGAGGCUAUCAUUAAUGAAUGUGUUCCGGUUAUCAUUGCUGACAACUACGUGCCUCCCUUUUUCGAGGUUUUGAACUGGGAGGAAUUUGCAGUGUUUGUUGAGGAGAAAGAUAUACCGAAUCUGAGAAACAUUCUGCUAUCGAUAUCCGAAGAGAGAUAUAUUGUCAUGCAAGCAAGGGUUAAAGCGGUGCAGCAACAUUUCCUGUGGCACAAGAAACCGGUGAAGUUCGAUCUAUUUCAUAUGAUUUUGCAUUCAAUUUGGCACAGCCGAGUUUAUAAGGUUAAAACCAGGUGAAGAAACUACUCUCCACUAGUAAAUUUAUUGUAACUUUUUCGAUGAAUUUUCUCGAUCUGUUGUGUACUUGUGUUAAUUGUCUAUAUUGUAUGAUGACUAAAGAAAGCGCAAUUCUGAUU